CUGGGGUGUGCUGAUUCAAGAACCGUCAUGUUCCGGAACAGUCUCAAGAUGCUUCUGACAGGUGGGAAAUCAAACCGUAAAAACAGAUCCAGUGAUGGAGGGAGCGAAGAACCAAAAGACCGAAGGCAGGCAAGUGUAGAUUACCGGCAGAGCCAUUCUGGGCAAGGUGAUCUUCAGAGGGCUUCUGAGGAGGAGGAAGAGCAAGAAAAAGAUCUUCAUGCUCGUCCACUCAUAGGGGUGCAUCUUGAGGAGGAAGAGAUUGAGGCACAGGGUGGCAACUCUGCAGAGAACGAGUGUGCUUUUGAAUCGGAGUAUGCGCUCCCGUCGCCCCCGGUGCCUGAAGGAAUGCAGCACAUCCGGAUUAUGGAAGGCGUGUCCCGCUCUCUCCCUUCUUCCCCGUUAUUAACACAUCAGUCGAUCAGUGUUCGGCUUCAGCCCAUGAAGAAGUUGACUGCUCCACUGAGGAAGGCAAAAUUUGUUGAGAGCCCACGAAUCCCGGAAUCAGAGCUUGGCUCACCAACCCUCACUUCGGCACCAAAACUGGACCUUGAUGUGUUCUGCCCGGGUGAAGCUGAGCAGGAGCUCGGACCCCCGCCAUCUGUAGAUGAGGCAGCAAAUACACUCAUGACUCGCCUCGGCUUCCUCCUGGGAGAGAAAGUGACCGAGGCGCAGGCAGGGCAGCAGUACAGCAUGGAGGGACAUGAGGACAAUCAGGCCUCAGCAGUGUCCCAGCGGAUAAGUCCCUGUUCCACACUGACCAGCAGUACGGCUUCACCACCGGCCGGCAGUCCCUGCUCCACUCUCCCUCAGGCCAGUACCAAGGAUGUCACGGCCAAGGACUGCAGUUAUGGAGCUGUCACCAGCCCCACCUCUACUCUGGAGAGCAGAGACAGUGGCAUCAUUGCAACAUUGACAAGCUAUUCAGAAAAUAUCGACCGUGCAAAGUAUGGAGGGGAGAGCAGUCAAGAAGCAGGGUCUGGGGGCAACCUGAAGCCUUGGCAGUCUCAGAAGUCCAGCAUUGACUCUUGUUUAUACCGAGUGGAUGAAAACAUGGCAGCCUCUACCUAUAGCUUGAAUAAAAUCCCUGAAAGGAGCUUAGAGACAGUUUUAUCUCAAUCAGUACAAUCCAUUCCGCUCUACCUGAUGCCGCGACCAAACUCUGUAGCAGCCACCAGCUCAGCCCAUUUAGAAGAUCUUGCAUACUUAGAUGAACAGAGGCAUGCUCCCCUACGAACAUCUCUCCGAAUGCCUCGCCAGAGCAUGGCAGGUGCUCGUGUGCAACAGGACCUAAGAGUACGUUUUGCACCUUAUAGACCUCCCGACAUCUCUUUGAAACCGCUGCUUUUUGAAGUGCCCAGCAUCACCACAGAGUCCGUGUUUGUUGGCCGGGACUGGGUAUUCCAGGAAAUUGAUGUCCAGUUGCAAAGCUCCAACACCAGCAUGAACAGAGGUGUGGUGAUAGUUGGAAACAUCGGCUUUGGCAAGACAGCAAUUAUCUCCAGACUGGUUGCACUGAGUUGCCAUGGGACUCGGAUGAGGCAGAUUGCCUCAGACAGCCCCCAUGCAUCCCCCAAACAUGUUGAUGCCAGCCGAGAGCCCCCCCUCACGCAGCAACCUUCUGCUCACUCCUCCAUCACCAGCGGAAGCUGCCCUGGAACCCCGGAAAUGCGUAGGCGCCAGGAAGAGGCAAUGCGAAGGCUCGCUGCCCAGGUUGUUGCUUAUCACUAUUGCCAGGCUGAUAAUGCCUACACCUGCCUGGUGCCAGAGUUUGUACACAACGUGGCAGCCCUGCUCUGCCGCUCCCCUCAGUUCGUGGCCUACAGGGAGCAGCUGCUGCGGGAGCCCCAUCUUCAGAGUGUGCUUAGCUUGCGUUCCUGUGUCCAGGACCCUUUGGCUUCCUUCCGGCGGGGAGUCCUGGAGCCUUUGGAAAACCUUCAUAAAGAACGGAAGAUCCCUGAUGAGGACUUCAUCAUAUUAAUCGAUGGCUUAAAUGAAGCUGAAUUUCACAAACCUGAUUAUGGGGACACAAUAGUAUCUUUUCUCAGCAAAAUGAUUGGGAAAUUUCCAUCCUGGCUGAAGCUGAUUGUAACAGUUAGAACAAGCCUACAGGAAAUAAUUAAGUUAUUACCCUUCCAUAGGAUAUUCCUGGAUAGACUGGAAGAAAAUGAAGCUAUAGAUCAGGAUCUCCAAGCCUACAUCCUGCACCGAAUACACAGCAGCUCUGAAAUCCAGAACAACAUCUCCCUGAAUGGCAAGAUGGACAACACAACUUUUGGCAAACUCAGUUCUCAUCUCAAAACCCUGAGUCAAGGAUCCUAUCUGUACCUUAAGCUCACUUUUGACCUCAUAGAAAAGGGCUACCUGGUCUUAAAAAGCUCCAGCUAUAAAGUCGUCCCUGUCUCCCUCUCGGAGGUAUAUUUGCUGCAGUGCAAUAUGAAAUUCCCCACACAGUCUUCCUUCGACCGGGUGACGCCCCUCUUGAACGUUGCUGUGGCAUCGCUGCACCCCUUGACUGAUGAGAAUAUUUUCCAGGCUAUCAAUGCAGGAAGCAUUGAAGAAACCUUGGAAUGGGAGGACUUCCAGCAGAGGAUGGAGAACCUCUCCAUGUUUCUUAUAAAACGCAGAGACAUGACAAGGAUGUUUGUCCACCCAUCUUUUCGAGAGUGGCUGAUCUGGAGAGAGGAAGGGGAAAAGACCAAGUUCCUUUGUGACCCUAGGAGUGGCCAUACGCUGCUGGCCUUCUGGUUUUCUCGCCAAGAGGGGAAGCUCAACAGACAGCAGACGAUUGAGCUGGGCCACCAUAUUCUCAAAGCACACAUCUUCAAGGGGCUGAGCAAGAAAGUGGGGGUCUCCUCGUCCAUUCUCCAAGGGCUAUGGAUUUCCUACAGCACAGAAGGCCUCUCCAUGGCUCUGGCCUCUCUGCGGAACUUGUAUACCCCCAACAUCAAGGUCAGUCGGUUGCUGAUUUUAGGAGGUGCCAACGUCAAUUACAGGACAGAGGUGCUGAACAAUGCCCCGAUUUUAUGCGUCCAGUCACAUCUGGGCUAUGCUGAGAUGGUGGCUCUGCUGCUGGAGUUUGGAGCGAACGUCGAUGCCUCUUCUGAAAGUGGCCUGACGCCACUGGGUUAUGCAGCCGCUGCUGGCUAUCUAAGCAUUGUGGUGCUCUUGUGCAAGAAGCGAGCCAAGGUGGAUCACUUGGAUAAGAAUGGCCAGUGUGCCCUGGUACAUGCAGCUCUCCGAGGCCACCUGGAGGUUGUCAAGUUCUUGAUUCAGUGUGACUGGGCAAUGCCUGGGCAGCAGCAGGGGGUGUUCAAGAAGAGCCAGGCCAUCCAGCAGGCCCUCAUUGCAGCUGCCAGCAUGGGAUAUGCCGAGAUUGUCUCCUACUUGCUUGAUCUUCCAGAAAAAGAUGAGGAGGAGGUAGAGCGCGCACAAAUCAACAGCUUUGACAGUCUUUGGGGAGAGACAGCUCUGACUGCUGCAGCAGGACGAGGCAAGCUGGAUGUCUGUCGUCUGCUUCUGGAGCAGGGAGCAGCCGUAGCCCAGGCCAACCGACGCGGGGUUGUUCCUUUGUUCAGCGCCGUUAGACAAGGCCACUGGCAGAUUGUAGAUCUCUUGCUCACUCAUGGGGCAGAUGUAAACAUGGCUGAUAAACAAGGUCGGACACCCUUGAUGAUGGCGUCUUCAGAGGGUCAUUUGGGCACCGUGGAGUUCUUAUUGGCACAAGGUGCCUCCAUUUCCCUCAUGGACAAAGAGGGGCUAACUGCCCUCAGCUGGGCCUGCCUGAAGGGCCACCUUUCAGUAGUGCGAGUUUUGGUGGAGACUGGGGCCUCUACAGACCACGCUGACAAAAAUGGGCGCACUCCAUUGGACCUGGCUGCGUUUUAUGGUGAUGCAGAGGUGGUUCAGUUCCUGGUGGAUCAUGGCGCCAUGAUUGAACAUGUGGACUACAGUGGGAUGCGCCCCCUUGAUAGAGCAGUGGGUUGCCGCAAUACUUCUGUUGUGGUGACCCUUCUGAAGAAAGGAGCCAAGAUAGGUCCAGCCACUUGGGCGAUGGCCACCUCCAAGCCAGAUAUCCUGGUCAUCCUUCUGAGCAAGUUGAUGGAAGAAGGGGACAUGUUUUACAAGAAAGGGAAAGUGAAGGAGGCCGCGCAGCGCUACCAGUAUGCUCUGAAGAAGUUCCCCCGAGAAGGAUUUGGAGAAGACCUGAAGACCUUCCGAGAGCUGAAAGUGUCCCUCCUGCUCAACCUCUCUCGCUGUCGGAGGAAAAUGAACGAUUUUGGAAUGGCGGAGGAAUUUGCCACUAAAGCACUGGAGCUGAAACCGAAAUCUUAUGAAGCUUACUAUGCGCGAGCAAGGGCCAAACGCAGCAGCAGGCAGUUUUCAGCAGCACUGGAGGAUCUGAACGAGGCCGUCAAGCUUUGUCCGAACAACCGUGAGAUCCAGAGGCUUCUAGUGCGGGUGGAAGAAGAGUGCCGGCAGACACCGGUGGGGCAGCAGCAGCAGCUGCCGCCGCCGCCCCCUCCAGUCACACCCCAACCCAAACUGCAGCAGGAAGACUUGUAUGCUGUGCAAGACAUCUUGGAAGAGGACUACCAGGAGCAAGAUGUCGACAAUCUUUCUGUGAGCUUGCAGAUGGAGACACGGCCCAGCCAGGUGCUGCCUGCCAUCCCCAGCCCACCCUCUUCCCCUGCCCCCCGGGACUCUGCCUACAUCUCCAGCUCACCCCUUGGCUCGCAUCAGGUGUUUGACUUCCGGUCCAAUAAUUCCGUAGGGUCACCGACCCGGCAAGGGUACCCACCUGGCUCUCCUGCCCUCUCUCCAACACACCAGAACUCCCACUACCGACCCAGUCCCCCACACACAUCUCCUGCUCACCAAGCCUCUUCUUACCGCUUUAGCCCACCUCCAGUUUGUAGCCAAGGAAAAGACUAUCAGAGUCCGCCGCCUUCGCCCCUCCGUAGAGGCCCUCAGUACCGAGCCAGCCCUCCUGCAGACAGCAUGAGUGUCUACAGGGCCCAGUCAGGUUCUCCAGUCCGGUAUCCGCAGGAACCCAACGUCAGCCAACUUCCAGGUCGGCCAAAGUCUCCGCUCUCUAAAAUGACUCAGAGAUCCUUCCAGAUGCUUCCGCUGCCUGUCGCAGUCCCUCAGCAAGGCCUUCGGUUGCAGCCUGCGAAGGCACAGAUUGUCAGAAGCAACCAGCCCAGUUCAGCUGUGCACUGCAGUACUGUGAUCCCAACGGGCACUUACGGGCAGAUAGCCCACUCAGUGGCCAGCAAGUACCAGUCGGCAUCAGCAGAAAUGGCAGCCUGCCCAAGUCGGCUGGUCUACCAGAGCUCGGUUGGAGGACUAGUGGGGGACGGGCGGCCCGUGCAGCACGUUCAGGCCAGCCUCAGUGCAGGAGCCAUCUGCCAGCACGGAGGGCUGGCCAAGGAGGAUCUUCCACAGAGGCCUUCUUCUGCCUACCGUGGUGGGAUGCGAUACAGCCAAACCCCACAGAUUGGGCGCAGCCAGUCUGCUUCCUAUUAUCCAGUCUGUCAUGCAAAGCUUGACUUGGAACGCUCCUCCUUACCCGCAAGCCAGUUGGGUUCCCCUGACAUCUCCCACUUGAUACGAAGGCCCAUGAUGGUGAACCCCAAUGAAAUAAAGCCUCACCCACCAACACCACGACCGCUGCUCCACUCCCAAAGCGUUGGACUCCGAUUCUCCCCGUCCAGCAAUAGCAUCUCGUCCACCCCCAGUCUGAACCCUCCCUUCCGCCCAUCUGCUUCCAUCCAGCAGAUGGAGAUCCCCCUCAAGCAAGCCUAUGACAGAUCAUGUGAUGAGCUUUCCCCCGUCUCCCCAACCCAGGGCACUUACCCGAGUGAGCCUGCCCGCUCCAGGACCACCCCUUUCAUGGGAAUCAUAGAUAAAACUGCCCGGACUCAGCAGUACCCCCAUCUGCACCAACAGAACCGAGCCUGGGCCGUGUCUUCAGUGGAUACUGUCCUGAGCCCCACAUCUCCUGGAACUCUCCCCCAGCCGGAAACGUUCAGCCCGCCGUCCUCCAUCAGCAGCAUUGCCUUUUAUAACAAAACCAACAAUGCCCAGAAUGGUCACGUGCUGGAGGAGGACUUCUACGGUGCACAUGGGAUGCUGGCCAACGGCUCCCGUGGAGACCUUCUCGAGAGAGUUAGCCAGACCACUUCCUACCCCGAUGUGAAGGUGGCCCGGACACUGCCUGUUGCACAGGCAUACCAGGACAACCUCUAUAGGCAACUUUCCAGAGACUCCAGGCAAGGACAGACAUCCCCUAUCAAACCAAAGAGGCCAUUCGUGGAGUCUAAUGUGUGAAAGAGGCGUGUCUUGGAGACCCUUGAGCACACUUUCCCAGGGUGAAUUCCCCGUCACA